GUUGGUCGCGGCAGUGAAAGGAGAAAGAAGCGAGCGCAUGGAGUUCAUCGGGUGAGCGUUCUUGGUAGUAGGAGAUUCUUCUCCAAUCCGUGGGAGAAGAGCUAGGAGGAGCGGAGGAAUCCGUGUCCCCUCCCGCGGACCUGCUUCUCCGGCUGCCCGAAACAUGCUUUCUCCCUAUCAGCCUUUGUGAUGCAUUGAACAGGGGUUGAGAAGUACUGUAAUUUUUGUAAUGGCUGGGUGUUCCUUGGCAACACUGAGAGGACAACAUCGAGGGAGAUGGAUCCAAUCUCACAGCAAGCUCCCCACAAGGAUUAUGUCUAUUAAUCUGCCAAAGAGUAAUCACAGUCACAAGAUUCAGCUUCCAUGCCAGUCCAAUUUAGGAAGAAAACAGAAAACUGGUGCAUUUGCUCCUUUGGGUUUUCAUGGAAGGUGUUGCCGGAUCGAAACAUCAGUUAAAUGUUAUUUCUUGCAGUCGCUUGUGGAUUCUGAGAGUAUGAUCUCACCAAAUUUGUUAUUGCUUUCUGAUGAAGCUCUACUAACUAUCAGUAUAGUUUUUGCAUAUUUGGCUGGAGUUGUACCCUCUGGCCAUGCAUUUCCUCAUGCUAGAAACCAUAGUCAAAACCAACAUCUUGGAGCUCCAGGUCCAUCUGAUUCUGGUAGGGAUAUGAAAUGGUUACCUGAAGGGAAUACUAGGUUUUACCCCAGCGAUACAUGGAGUGAAGUGAGAAUGAAACUUUCAGAAGCCUUGCAAUCGAAUGGUCGAGAUGCCACUUCGGAUGGCAGCGAUAGUGAACUCAAGAACAAUCGCAAAAAUUAUCCUUUGAGUAUGCUUGCAAUUCAUGGUGGUCCCAGGCUGCGGCUUCUUCUAGCUACCUUUCAGCUACUUGAGAUGGAGGUAAGAAAUGUUCCUGAAAGUUCUGAACUUGUAGAUGGGAUCAAAUGGUUGCAAAUAUCAACUACGUUGAUUGAUGGCUUGAUUGAACCAACAUUUAUGAAAUGGAUUCAAGAAGAAAAAGCCUGGGAGAACAGCAAGAUCAAUGAAGAACUUAUGAAGACGGUAACCAGCAAAAUAAAGGAGGAUGACAGGAUCUUGAAGAGGUUCAACAGAUUAGGGAAAUCUGAACUCUAUUUGGAUCUGCUUUAUUUCCUGAGAUUUGGUUCUGCAAGGUCUUAUAGCUAUUUUGAUGCUAAAUUUCUGGCUGAACAUGGAGCGAGAAUUUUGGAGGACCUGGUUAUUUUCUUAGCUGACGCGGUCGCUAGUAUUUACAUAGAGCUUAUAUCAGUUGAUGGUGAUAUGCCGACUGAUGUUGUUGGUUCCAGCUUAGCUCUAUGCUCGCUGUCAACCAGAGAACUUCAAAGAAUGCGUAACGAGGUGGCAAUUAAUGGGUGGCUGCACCAGUAUUUUGAGUCAGUUGUCUCAAUGUACGAGGACAGGUUUGAGUUAUAUGUUUUAUCCAGAAAACUUUGUGAAAAACCAGCAGAUAAUCAAGCUGAAGUGACAAACUGGUGGAGGCUUGGAUUUGGAAAGCCUUCCACCGUUACUCUUCUAGAGUACGUUCACAUAAGCUCAUUUUCUCUUCCGGUGAGAAGGACGAAAGAAUUGAGAGCUCUGGCUGGAUGGAGGUAUUAUUUCAGCCUAUUAUUAGAAAUGUCAGAUAUUGCCAUGCCUUUCAUAAGGGCUGUUGUCACCAAAGUUAGUGCUGCAGUGUCGUACUUCUGGGUGUCCAUGAUAGGAAGGUCUCUGGGAUUGAUUUUCUCAGGGAUAAGGCAAUCACUUGGUUGGAGAUGAUCAGAUGUUUCUUUGGUUUUUGAUUGUGAGAUCUUGUGACUGAGCGAUAUUUGCCUCGCAGUCAUGUCCAGUUUUGUCAAUUUAUAUAGGCUUUUCGUUGACCUUUUUUUUUACUGUUGAGAUGGCUGACUUCUGGUCCUCGUUAUACAUGUUCUGUAUCACAUAAUGUAACAAAGUUCAUUGAUCUGACCAAAGGGUGAAAAUUAUUUGUUAAUCUUGGAAUGCAUCAUGUGGUAUAUAACAUUUUGAAGGCAAACCACACAUUUCAGGACAUUAUGGCAGAAGUCAGAUUGUCUGAUCCAAAAACUUGUACAGAUUUAUCCAGUCUGCACCAAUUUGAGAAAACAAUAUUUCAA